AUGGUUGACGUUGAGAAGACUGCGCGUACCGGAGACUCCGUCGACAGCGGCAGAGACGAGUCACGCAAGGAAGACGACGUUCUUGUCAAGCGGAGUGAACAAGAUCAGGUCUCAUUAACGGAAGACGGACUGGUGGCGUCAUAUCCCGUAGGCGAGUGCUCUGAAAGAGACAACGGCGGCGGCGACACGGGAGACUGUUCGGUAACGGACCAGGGCGAUCUCGAGGCCGGCACCAACAGCGCCACGCAAGCCGUAAAACGCCGAAGGUAUGAGCAUCUGGAGAGGCUGCUAAAAGCUGCCACUCUGUAUACCAGUGUACUUUCAGAACAGAUUCGGCAACAGCAGGAACAGUAUCGGCGGCGCGCGCAUCAGCAGACCAGCACCCCUCACAACGAGCGCUCGAGCAAGCCCGGAAGCACCGCAGGCGAGAAGAAACUAAAAACACUCGUUGAAACUGCAGACAGAGAGCAGGUUGACGUGCGUCGGACGGAAGCGCGGGAUGCCGGCGCGUUGCAGUUGCAAGAAUUUACCGGCGGUGUUCUCCGAGAUUACCAGCUCGCCGGCCUCGAGUGGUUGGUUUCUCUCUAUGAAAAUGGCAUCAAUGGUAUCCUAGCAGAUGAAAUGGGGUUGGGGAAGACGAUUCAGUGUAUUGCUUUGAUCUGCCAUCUCCGUGAAAUGGGGGUUCAAGGCCCCUUCCUUAUUGUAGGACCCCUGACUGUACUGCCGAACUGGAUUUCCGAAUUCCAACGCUUUGCGCCCAGUGUGUACGCCCUGCUUUAUCACGGGACGAAGAGCGAACGCCAGUUACUUCGCAAACGGCACCUGAGUACACGCAACGGUGCAUCAAACAUGCCCGUCGUCAUUACCAGCUACGAAAUCGUCAUGCGCGAUCGAGUCUACCUCAGCAAAUAUCACUGGGCAUACAUCAUUAUCGAUGAAGGUCAUCGUAUCAAAAACAUGGACUGCCAGCUGCUGCGAGAGCUCCAAAGUUACACUUCAGCGAAUCGCUUGUUGAUAACCGGCACACCGCUGCAGAACAACCUGGAUGAACUGUGGUCGCUGCUCCACUUUCUAAUGCCUGACAUUUUCGACUCAGUUGAGCUCUUCCGAGAAUGGUUCGAUUUUGGGAAUGAUAUCGCGGCUGGUGCCCUCGAAAGACAACAAGAGGACGCCAUCGUGUCGAAGCUGCAUAUGAUCCUGCGUCCAUUCAUGCUUCGCAGACUAAAAAGCGAUGUGGAGAAAAAAAUGCCGAAGAAACGCGAAAUCUACUUGUUCGCUCCGUUAAGCGCCCUGCAGCGAGAGUACUACAUGGCUAUCAUGCAGGAUAGGAUCCAUGAGCUUUUGAACGCCCGCUAUGGUCGCGAAUAUACGCGCCCGCUCACCUUGCGCAACAAGUUCAUGCAGUUGCGCAAAGUAUGCUGCCAUCCGUACCUGAUCGCUGAGCCCGAGGAGAACUUCACUGAUGGCGCCUACCCGAUCACUGAUGAGCGACUCGUUCACGCAGCUGGGAAGCUGGCCCUGGCUGAUCGCCUGCUACCUCGUCUUCGAGCGCGAGGCCACAAAGUGCUACUUUAUUCACAGUUCACCUCGAUGCUCAAUAUUCUGGAAGAUUAUCUGCAACUGCGUGGCCACAAAUACGCUCGCAUCGAUGGUUCGGUGAAAUUUGAGGAUCGCAUUCGGCAGAUGGAGGCGUUCAACUCUCCCGAUUCGGAGAUCUUCAUUUUCUUAAUGAGCACACGAGCCGGUGGACUUGGACUCAACCUCCAAGCCGCCGACACGGUGAUCUUCUACGACAGCGACCCGAACCCGCAAAUGGACCUGCAGGCCAUGGACCGUUGCCAUCGAAUUGGCCAACGCAAACCGGUGCACGUGUAUCGUCUGGUCACACCCAACUCAGUCGAGGAGCGCAUGCUGAACCGAGCUGUAGAGAAGCGUAAGCUUGAGCGGCUCGUUGUGACCCGCGGUCACUUUUACUGCGAUGCAACCCAUGCGUCGCUGCAGGCACCGUCCGCGCCGUCAGCGUCGAACGCAGGUCCAUCGACGACUCCCGAUGAGAAUCGAAAUCCCAGCCAGACGGUAUCCAGUUUUGAUGAAGCAUUGGUGCAGAAACUGAGCGCACUGGAGGAGAACCUUCUCGACCUGGAUACCAUCGCGUCCAAGGAACAAGUAGAGCGGAUUUUGGAAGAGCUGGUGAACUUUGUCCCGGCCGAGGCUGAGUACGGCAAUGGAGGUCAGAUCACCGACGCAGACCUCGAUGCGUUGAUGGAUCGGGAGGAAAUGAUCGAUCAGGAGGCCGAGUCGCAUGCGGAUGCCGAAUCGCUACCUUUGCAGGAAUCAGCAUCCACGCAAGCAUCGCAAACGAGUCGCUCGUGUCGUCGGAAACGCGCAGCUAUGGACGCGAAUGAGGCAGCUCCUCUGAACCUGAGCGAGACGACCGACGCUGAUGGUAUCCAGACGAAGACAGAUGCAGUUGUGUUUCGGCGUCAGAUCGCCCAGGGUCGCGGUUACCAGAUUUUCGAGUCCGGUGGCGAAUCGAAACUCUUUCAAUGA